AUGCAAGGAUUUAAGGUCUGCACGCUGCUGGCGUUCUUCUGCGUCCUUGUCUCCGCCCGAGGCAGCAAGCGGAGGGAUGGCACUGUCACGAUAACGGACGACGAGCGUCGGAAUAUCGAGGACUUUCUGCUGGCCAAGUUAAAACAAAAUUGCAGGCAGGAGGACGAUCGAGCCUGCAGAAUGAUCAAGAUGUCAAUUGUUAUGAAUCAUCUGUACCUGAACACUAGACUAGACCUCGGUGAUCGUGUAAAGGUCACAGAGAACUGGAACAUCUCGAUGGUGCCGGAUGAUCCGGAGGUAAACCAGUUACUGGCCCGCUCCAUGGGCUCCGAUGAGGAGACAUUUGCUCUGCUGAUGGCCAACAAGCUGUGGAAGUUCAUCCGCUCUCGCUCCCUGCGUUACAGUUUCUCGGAGAAUGCGGACUUUGUGAUGAGCAGCGAUCCGGCGGGUAGUCUGAAUGUGGGCGUGUCCGUGCGUCCGCUGGAGGCCAUUCAGGAGGGGCGUGGCAAGAUGAAGAACAUGGGACCACUGGUCAUGAUGAUGAUGGCAAAGACGGGUAUGGUGGGAGCAUUGCUCCUCAAGGGUCUUUUCCUGCUGGCUGGUAAGGCGCUGAUCGUGUCAAAGAUCGCCCUGCUGUUGGCGGUAAUCAUUUCGCUGAAGAAACUGCUGUCCAGCAAGAAGACCAUCGUGGAGGUGCCAUCGCACCACGACAGCUACAGCUCUGGCUGGUCGAGGGCCUUCGAUGGGUUCGUGGAGGGACUGGUGGAUGUACCCGCCGAUAUCCUGGCCAAGGAGGUGCAGCACCAGCAGGAGCAGGCCCAGAAUCUGGCCUACAGCGGCCAGCAGCCGGGGAAAGUGGUGCAAUAA